AAUCCAUCUUCCUCAGUUCCAAAUUGAAUUAGGAGUUGGCCCUGGGCCGCCCGCCCCCUCCCACUGUUCCUCCUGGCUGCAGGCCACCAGGCUUCCAGGCAAGGCCUGAGCUUCCUGGUCUACUGAGGAUUCCCAUCCAGCCCCUUCUGGAACAAGGCCUCCCACCCGCCCACACCCUGUGUGAAGAGUGGGCAUGAGGCUGUUGUCUAUAGCCGGCGACAACCUGGAACCACAGGUACCCCCGGCACCUGACAUGAGCCCUUGCGGGCCCCUCAACCUGAGCCUGGCCGGCGAGGUGACCACGUGCGCGGUGCCAGGAGUCCCCAAUGCGUCGGCUGUACCGCCGUCGGGUGGUUCCAGGGCAUCACCCGCGCUGCCCAUCUUCUCCAUGACACUGGGCACGGUGUCCAACGUGCUGGCGCUAGCACUACUGGCCCAGGCUGCGGGCCGCUUGAGGCGGCGCCGCUCGACCGCCACCUUCCUUCUGUUCGUCGCCAGCCUGCUGGUCACCGACCUGGCGGGCCACGUGAUCCCGGGCGCACUUGUGCUGCACCUGUACGCGGCCGGGCGCGCACCGGCUGGUGGAGCCUGCCACUUCCUGGGUGGCUGCAUGGUCUUCUUCGGUCUGUGUCCGCUACUGCUGGGCUGUGGCAUGGCGGUAGAGCGCUGGGUGGGCGUCACGCGACCUCUGCUUCACGCGGCCCGAGUCUCUGCAGCCCGCGCACGCGUGUCGCUGGCCGCUCUGGCCGCCAUGGCUUUGGCCGUGGCACUGCUGCCGCUAGCGCGCGUGGGCCGCUAUGAGCUGCAGUACCCCGGCACUUGGUGCUUCAUCAGCCUGAGCCCACCAGGCGGCUGGAGCCAGGCUCUGCUUGCCUGCCUUUUCGCCGGCCUCGGCCUGGUCGCGCUACUCGCCGCGCUCGUGUGCAACACGCUCAGCGGCCUGGCCUUGCUGCGCGCCCGCUGGCGCCGCCGCUCUGGACGGUUCCCCUCGGCCUCCGGCCCCGAUACCCGCCGUCGCUGGGGGUCGCGCGGACCCCGCUCGGCCUCUGCUUCGUCUGCCUCGUCCAAUGCUUCAGCCUUCGCCGCCUUUGGCGGCUCCCGGAGCGGCGGUUCAGCCCGCAGAGCCCGUGCCCACGACGUGGAGAUGGUGGGCCAGCUGGUGGGCAUCAUGAUGGUGUCGUGCAUCUGCUGGAGCCCGUUGCUGGUGUUGGUGGUGCUGGCCGUCGGCGGAUGGAGCUCCAGCUCCCUGCAGCGUCCCCUGUUUCUGGCCGUGCGCCUUGCGUCCUGGAACCAGAUCCUGGACCCCUGGGUGUACAUCCUGCUUCGCCAGGCCGUGCUCCGCCAGCUGCUUCGCCUCCUACACCCGAGGGUGGGUGCCAAGGGCAGCCCCGUGGGGCUGGGCCUAACCUGGAGUGCCUGGGAAGCUAGCUCCCUGCGAAGCUCCCGGCACAGUGGCCUUAGCCACUUAUAAGCGUGCCCGGAAGCCAAAUAGCUAAGCCAGUCCACCCUAGGCUAGUCCCAAGUCUACAGAGCAGAGCCUUUCAGGGAAUAAAGCCAUU